AUGGAAGAACCCGUCACGCCCCCAAGGAGGACCGGGUCGAAUGCGCUCACUGUCGCAUCCUCAUUUAUAGACAGCUUCAACUCGGAGUACGGUCUUGCUAUCCGCGUGCCGAACCUAGACCUGUCACCGCGGCAGCGACGAGAACAGCUUAAAACCGACGCGGACCGGCUCGCCGAAGAAAUUCACCGUCGGGCCCGCUUCCUAGCCGAUAAGUGUCCGGAGCAGCUUCCAUGCGUCACGGCUGCGUUCCGAGCGUUCCGAGCGUCCGGAAACGUUGCGCGCGUCAGCCAGGCGCGGGAUACCCUGGGUGGUAACGGCGUUUCUUCUUCGGCCGGCUGCCGGGUAAGGGCUCCCGAUGCCGAGAAGAGCUAUGAGCUACAAAUGUGCCUCUUGCGGAUUUUGGAAUCGCUGACCCCGACCAUAUCCCCUCUCUCCCUCCGUCAAGAAAAUUCCCCACCUCGGUAUACCGCUUGCACAACUCAACGUGACAGCCAACUCGACAACGGCCUGGCGCUCCCCACGGGAUGCAAGCCACCGCGUGAGGCGUACUUGCGCACGCCGGAAGAAGAAAACCUCGAAAGGACUCUCCAGUCCACUCCGACCAGAUCCAUGGUGAUCAGAGAAGAGAGCCCCGUGGAAUUCGCAUCACCCAAUGGGCACUCGGCGAACCCCAGCACGCAGCGUCUUUCGCAUCGCCCUAAUGGCCGGGACCACUCCUUGCCCAGCUUCAAUGGUGUCAGUGGCGGUGGCCGCAUCCGGAGUCCCGUUGGGUCCUUGACACGGUUUGAUGCAAACGGCCAACCAGACAGCCACGAGACGGCCAGUUUAAGCUCUCAAUUCGGUAGAGGCGGCCUCUGGGAUCUCUUUAAGCUUGGCAACCGUUCCAUCCAUCAGUCGCAGGCACUAGACGGGCCACUUGCGCGCGUAAAAUUCGCUAGCCAUACGCAAGCAACGAGCCAAGAGAUGCAGUCCUCGGAGAACAGUCCGUGCCGUCCCAACGAGGAGGAACUCUACGCACUUCGUAGCCCACCUGGGCCUUCCUUGCCCCCUCCGCAGAGUCCUCCCGAACCAGGACCGUCCAUCCUCCGCGAGUCUAGCAACAGAAAGUCCGUCAUAAAACCAAAUUUGAAGCGGAUGCUCGAAAUGUCCUGGCCGAAAAUGCCUGGGUUCCUCGCCAGUGCUCCUUUCCCCAUCAUCUGGGAGACCACCAGGGCGGCCCUGCACUGCGGCGUACCGCUCGACACCCUCGCGAUGCCAUACGACGCGCAGCGCUGGGCCACCCAAGCCGGGUUCCACAGCGCCCUCAAGGCUCACCCGGACUUCGGAGUCAAGGGCCCCCUGCCCGUCAUGUGUAACCGCCGGGCCUGGGACGCCGCCUUCUCGACCUUCCAGCAUGAUAGCUACUCCGUCACCCUCGUCAUGGAAGCCAGGUACGCGCGCCGCCCGGCCGACGGCCAGCUCUACACCAUGGCCCUCCAACCGCUCAAGCUGGAACGUAGCCAUCGCCUCGCGCGGCGAUUCGGCGCCGAUCGGUUUCUAGAAGUCGUGCUUCCCUCUCCCGCCGCCGACGACCGGCCCGCCUAUCUGAAGUCCUACGACGUCUUGGUUCGUCUGUUCCUCGAGAGUGACCAUGUCAUGUUUGGGCGUGUGUGGCGUCCGUUCUUUACAAAAGCCCAGCCGAGCGUCAAGAAGAAUGGCGGCCCGAUCAAGUAUGAAAUGCGGGACCGCGUCUACUUCUUCGCCGUCGAUGGCGACGAUUUCCGUCCCUGUGGCCCUCAUCUCCGGUACCCUCGCAAGGAAGAUGCGACUGAAAUCAGCCGCAGAAGCAAGAUUGAAAUUUCCGACCUUCUCGAGUGGGCCAUCGGUAUCGGUAUCUCGGAGAAUACUGAGCAGCCGAUCUGCAAGCUCUUCUCACGACUAGCGCUAAGCCUUAGCAGGGCCACCGCGACUGUCGUUCUCAAGCCUCACCAGCUACGAGUAAAAGAGGACGACGUCAGGUCCCCACAAGGCGUUCCCAUGAACGAUGGCAUCGGACUCAUGUCGCGGCGCCUAGCCCGCAAGAUUGCCGCCCAUCUCGGCCUCGACACGGUACCGAGCGGUUUCCAGGGCCGGCUCGGCGGCGCCAAGGGCUUCUGGAUCAUCGAUUCCAGCCACUUCGACGACGACGACGAUGAGUGGAUCGAAAUCUACCGGUCCCAGACGAAGUGGGUGUGCCGCUACGAUGAAGACCCGGACCACUGCACGUUCGAGGUGAGAGGGGCCCCGUCACCACUGAAGCCCGCCGACGUGAACGAACAAUUCCUCGUCAUCCUCGAGGACCGCGCUCCGGACCGAUAUCGCCUGCGGGACGUCGUCAAGGCCCUCUUCGAGCGAACGGCUGCGACUGAGCUCUGGGCCAUCGCCCGCGCCGCGAGGCACCCCAUGACCCUCCUGAGCCUAGUCCAUCAGACCGAGAUCUCAUGCGCCGAGAAAGCCGCCGAUGGCUACGUGCCCUUCCUCGGAGGGCUACCCAGGCAGGAUGGGGAGAUGCUCAAGUUCCUCUUGAAUGGCGGCUUUGACAUGUCCAAUGUCUUCGUCGCCGACCUGGUCAAGAAGAUGGCCAAGCAGGUAGCUGAUUCGCUCCGCAACAACCUCAAGAUCUCGGUACCCCGGUCUACGUAUGCCUUCAUGGUGGUAGACUUUGCCGAGGUCCUGGACGAGGGCGAAGUGCACUUGGGCUUCUCGACGCAAUUUGUGACGGACGGCGAGGCCACCGGCGAGCUGCACGACCAGGACGUCCUCGUGGCGCGUGCCCCGGCCCAUUUCCCCAGCGACAUCCAGAAGGUGAGGGCAGUUUUCCGGCCCGAGCUGCGGCACCUCAAGGACGUCAUCGUGUUCUCCAUCAAGGGCGCGGAACCCUUGGCAGAGUACCUCUCGGGUGGCGAUUACGACGGCGACAGAGCGUGGGUGUGCUGGGACCCAGACAUCGUGGACAACUUUGAAGGCGUUCCGGUCCCGGAGAAGAAGAAGAUAUACGAGGACGAGCUCCUUAAGGAUUGUUACAUCCAACAAGACAAUACGACGGUCGACGAGGCGCUGUCCCGUAAUUCCGGCGGCGCGGGCCGCAGCACCUCCGAGUUCAUGACGCACGGCUUCCUCCACGCCAUGAGGCCCAACAUGCUCGGCCGGUGCACCGCUUACAAGGAGAAAGUGUGCUAUCAUGACAACAGCAUCAGCAGCGACAGGGCCAUCGCUCUCAGCGCCCUCUUGGGUAGGCUCGUCGACCAGGAGAAGCAGGGCGUCAUCUUCACGCCGGAGGACCUGGGUAGAGUGAAGACGCGGUUCGUCAGGAUGCCCCGGAUUGCCGCGGACAUGCCGGCGUAUAAGUCGGGGAGCCGCCCGGACCGGUGCAAGCACAUCCUUGACUGGCUCAGGUUCGAAGUGGCCGAGCCCGUCAUCGAGAGGGAGAUGAGGGGGAUCAUGGCCUCCUUGUCGAAGACGCAGAAAAUCGCGAGGACAGGGGGAGACAAAGAUCUUGAGUUCUACUCGGAUGAGCUGGACAUCCUCGCCAAUAGCUUGGAUGUGUACGAGAAGCUCCGCAGAGCCCUCCACCGGGACUUGAAAGGUGCACUGCAGUUCUGGAAAGACACAGUCCCCGGGCCCCUGGUAAACGAUAAUUUUCCCAGCAAACUGGAAGCCGCAUACCAGAAGUGGCUGUCCAUCCGCCCCCCCGAGGAGUGCCUCGCCGACAGGGCGCUCAGGGUUCAGCUCUUCGGCGCAGCCGCAGCGGCGACCGGCGUGGAGACGCCCGACUCCCACAGCUACUGGGGCAAACUCAAAGCGUCAGUCACGUUUAAGCUUUUCCAAUACUCCAGCGUCAGGUUUGUUUUUCGCGUCGCCGGACGUCAGCUGCAGGCCAUCAAGGCGGAGCGGUGCACCGCGCGUGACAGCGGCGACGGCGGGCCGGUGCCCAUGAUCCCGGGGAUGUAUGCACUGCACCGGCCGCACAAUAAGUUGAUUAACAGUCUGGUGGCUCUUGAGAAAGACGAAGAGUACGAGAACGUUGUUGAGAGCCUUCAGGGUUUGAGUUUUGCGGACGAGGCAUAG